AUGGAUAGCCCAAGAAGUGACAUCCAUUGGGACCCUUGGGUUGUUCAUGGAACCGGCAUUGCGACCCUACCAAGCAUACUCACCCCUCAUUAUUUUGGCCCACACCACAACCAUGGAGUUCUUGAGCCAGAUCACUGCUUGGUUUGGUUGGUAGUCAAAGACUACUUUAAGCUCGAGCUAUGGCUCACCCAGCAGCGUCACACAUACUCUCCUGUUACCUGA